GCUGAUGAUGUCCAGGCAAUGAACACCAUGGAGAAUCCUUGACUCGACAAGACAACAUCUUUUUGUCACCACUAUUUAUCACCUCGAUGCUGCUUGAGUGCCCUCACGUCACGUCACGUCUGCAAGCAGCUGUGAGAGCGUGAGAGGAAGACAAGAAGAUGAGUGUGGGAGCAUGAGGGCGAGGACGAGGGGGUGUGGUCAGAGCCUCGCCACAUUUCUUCCCGGACUGGCCCCGCCCCCGUGGCACAGGCGCAGUGUCAGCGUGUGCGUGAGCGCCCACACGGUGAUGUGAUGAACAAGUUUGAGGUGCUCGGCAUUGUGGGUGAAGGGGCCUAUGGAGUGGUGCUGAAGUGCAGACACAAGGAGACCAACGAGCUGGUGGCCAUCAAGAAGUUCAAAGACAGCGAAGAGAACGAGGAGGUGAAGGAGACCACCCUGCGGGAGCUGAAGAUGCUGCGUACACUGAAGCAGGACAACAUCGUGGAGCUGAAGGAAGCAUUCCGUCGCCGAGGAAAACUCUACCUGGUCUUUGAGUACGUGGAGCGGAACAUGUUGGAGUUGCUGGAAGAACUUCCCAACGGUGCUGCAGGAGACAAAGUCAGAAGUUACAUCUACCAGCUCAUCAAGGCCAUCAACUGGUGUCACAGGAACGACAUCGUGCACAGAGAUAUCAAACCAGAGAAUCUGCUCAUCAGUUCUGAUGAUGUUCUCAAGCUUUGUGACUUCGGUUUUGCGCGGAACUUGUCGGAAGGAACAGAUGCCAACUACACGGAGUACGUGGCCACCAGGUGGUACCGCUCACCUGAGCUGCUCCUGGGAGCGCCCUACGGCAAGGCGGUGGACAUGUGGUCAGUGGGGUGCAUUCUGGGAGAGCUGAGUGACGGACAGCCUUUGUUUCCCGGGGAGAGUGAGAUUGACCAGCUGUUCACCAUCCAGAAGGUUCUAGGAGCACUUCCUGCUGAGCAGAUGAAACUUUUCUACAACAAUCCUCGCUUUCAUGGAAUCAGGUUCCCCUCAGUGACGCACCCUCAGACCCUGGAGAGAAGGUACCAGGGCAUUCUGAGUGGCCUGAUGGUGGAUCUCAUGAAGAACCUGCUGCUCCUCAACCCCACCGAGCGCUUCCUGACGGAUCAGAGCUUGAACCAUCCUGCCUUCCAGCCUCUCAGGCAGCAGGAGAGAGAGAGGAGCUCCGUGUCCUCACCCAACCCCUCCCGCUCCUCCAAGAGGAAGACUCACCACCACGGGGAGAACACCGUGCCCACCAGGAGUCACAACAAGUCGUCCAGCCAGCGUCGCUCCAGCAGCAAAGAAUGUUCCAGCCUCCCUCGACACGGAGACCUCCAUCACUUAGGCAACGAGAGUUUUGUCAAUGGCAACAAAGCCCCGUCCAGUCUGAGUCCCAUUCUCUACCCCAAGACCCAGUACCUGUCCCAGACCCUCAACCGCUCCAGCAAAGACCUGAGCAACAACAACAACCUGCUCAGCCCCAAGGAGGUCGCCAACAAGACGGAGUUCGACUUCAGUCCGGGACCUUCGGCCAAGUUGACGGAACAAGGCCAUGGAGCAAAGUACAAGACCCCCGCCUCUUCUCGUGCUCAACAACAUCAACAACAACAUCAACAACAACAACAACAACAACAAGGUGGGCGGCACACCUCCAACACCCUGCAGUCAGCUGGAGAGAAACAACAUGGCCGACACACCCACAACAUGGCCGACUCCGCCCACGGAUCCAUGUCGUCCUCGUCCAAAAGCUCCGCCUCCUAUCUGAGCUUGUCCAAGAGCCACGGCGCUCUGAGCGAUACCAAGUCUGUGGGCAACCUCAGCGAUGGCCGCCCGCACCACGACGACGCCAACCCCAACGCCAACGCCGCAGUGGCACCGAGCGCUCGCUUUUUCCCCGCCAGCUGCCUCGACCUCAACGCCCCCUCGGGAGUGCCGGGGCUUCCUGGCAGCCCCUCCGCACGCCACGCCGAGCGCUCGGGACAUAGCCCCGCCUCCCGAGCCGCCGGAAACGUCCGCCUGGAGAGCAGCACGCUGGACUCCUCCUCCAGACACAAAUCCAGACAUAAAUCUUUGGCUCCAGACGAGUCCAAGGCUGCAGAGCUGCUGGACCCAGGACCAGGACCAGGAGGUGGUGUGGGGGUGUCGUCCACUCGCACCCUUCCUUCCCCACAUGAGUCCUACCACUAUGGCCUGGGCUACACCUCACCCUUCUCCUCCCAGCAGCGCCCGCAGCGCCACUCCAUGUACGUGAGGAGAGAGCGCCACCGGCCGCACGGCGUAGAAUCCAAUAUGGCGGGCUUGCCUCCCCCGGGGCAGGUGGUCCCGACACGAGCCAGUAGUCUGCAGCUUCUCUCCCCACAGCUGCAGCACCGCACCGCCCACUCGGGGAGCUCCUCUCGCGAGGACUGCAGCGACACCAGGGGCGAGCCGUCCCCUAAAGACCUGAACCACCCGUGUGCCGCUAUCUUGGACUCCACCGCUGCCUUCCACGGCCAGAGGUCCAAACACGAGGUGGCGAUGUAUCACGACCCUCACGGCGAGGAGGGCGUGUCCUCCAAGGAGAACCGGAUGAUUUUCACUGAGUCCAUGCCAAGGAGAGUCGGCAGCUUUUACAGAGUCCCGUCCCCAAGACCAGACAACUCCUCGUCUUUCCAUGAGGGUGUCGGCCAGGGCCGAGGACCGGGGGCACCCGUUGUCCCCGGCAACCCCGUUUCCAUGGCCAACCACUCCAAACGCCAGACUGCCUUUGAUUGGACGUCUGCAGAAGCCAUGGUGAUGAAUCCUCCCGAGGCCGUCAAGGAGAAAGGAAAAGCAAGUUUCUUUAGGGCCAUCAAGAAGAAAAAGAAGAAGACACAAAUAAGCGACUUGGCGGACGGCAGGAAUCCAAGCAUCAAGAAGAGUCUUUUCCCUCUCUUCAGUUCCAAAAACAGCCUGAAGCACACCUCAGCCGGGAAGGUCUUACCUGUGGUGGCCUCACCUUUGGCGCAGCAGCCCCCCCCACCCUACCCUUCAGCAGUUGGCGCACAGGAACAUGUGUCCCUGCAGAGGAGCUCCAAGGCGUCGUCUCACCACAGAAGCCGAGGGAAAAACCGAGAGCGAUCUCGGGACAGAGAGAGAGAACGAGAGCAGAGCCGAGACAGAGAGAGGGAGAGAGAAAGAGGGAGAGAGAGAGUGAAGGAGUGGCCAGCAGACAAAGUAGUGGACACUCACUCUCACUCUCAGCAGAGCCAACCCCUGAAGUCCUUGCGUAGGCUCCUACAUCUGUCGCCUUCCUCGCCAAACCAAGGAGCGGGUCCUCCUCCGCCUCCUCCUCCGGACCUGCGCUUCCCGCCCCCACCCCCCAGCGCCCCCCAGCCCUCCUCCUCCAAGCCCCCGUACCCCGAGGUCAGAGGGCACGCGGUGAGCACUUCCUCUCAGGCCAAAGGUCGGCAUGCCCAGCUGGAGUCUGCCUGGCACGUGUCGGCGGCGCUGCAGCGGGCGGACGGCGCCCAGUUGACGGCCGAGCAGCUGGGCAUCAACGGAGCCGCCUUCACUCGUGCCUCACGCGGCAGGAUGCCCAACCUCAAUGACCUGAAGGAGACCGCCCUCUAGACCUUCACAAUAAAAGCAUUUGCCUGA